GUGAUAAGCUUGUAUCUGCUAUUAUUCAAGUUCAAGUGAAGAUUAGUCUCAUCUCCACACAGUACCGAUAUCACUAUGCUGCUAAAAACUUUCGCAGCAAUCUUGCUGCUCGGCUUCGUGUCCACCGCGCCAACCAGUGACGAAGAGCAUCUCACAAUAACAACCCAAUACUAUGCUGAGUCUCUAGUUGUUUACACAGGAAAACACGACAUUGUCAACAUUCUUGUACCACUUAAUUCAUUAAACUUUGACGAAGACGACUCCUCUGAGUCCGACGAAUCGAGCGAAUCAGAAAUCACUGUUUUCUUCGCAGAGGCUGAUAUAGAUGAAAAUGGUAAACGUGUAGACCAAGGCUUGUAUGUACUGAAAAAUGGAACAGCUAGGAAGAUUCUAGAAAAUGGAAGAGACGCCGCUGCGUCUGGUGACAGCAGCAAAAAGGUUUACUUUGCAGCCAGCGACGGCAUUUACGUCUACAAUCAAGAAGACCAAACAGCUACCAAAUUCGGUUCUAUAUCUGACAGCAUCAUUGGUAUCGCACAAGAAAUUGAAAGCGAUGUUUUAUACAUCCUGACUGAAGAUAACAGCGUGUACAAGAUCACAGAGGAGGGUAAUAAGAAAACCAAAAUUGAAGACAUCGUGAAUGCACAACAAAUUGUACUAGACUAUUCGAACAAUCUGUACUUCUACACCCCUGACAAGAAGGUACAUGUAUACACCUCUGAAGGCGUUAAAGAUGUUACAGGACUUCCCUCAAACCCAUCCAAAAUUACCCUUAUUAAGCCACCAAUUCUUCUUGAUAAUGGAAUUCCCGUAGUGGUAGAUGCCGCCUCGUACAUUAUUUAUGAGAAUGGUACGACAGAAGACUACGGCGUUGAUAUCAAACCUAACGCUAUACCUACUGCGUAUGGUAUGGAGGCUGCUUUAAUCCAGUACUAUGGACAUAAUAAGAAAUUAUACGAGUACAAUAUGCUUGCAAUAGUAUUAAGUUCCAUUCUUGAGGAACUUAAAGAUUUCUUGGGUGACAAAACUGACAGCAUUCAGAGUAUCGCCACACAAAAACGAAAGGAUCUCCGGAAGAAGGCUUAAGAUUAUUAAAGUUGCUGUAAAUAAAGAUGAGCUAUGCUUAAAAUAAAAUAUCGUUUGUA